CAAAGGAUCACUGCAUUGGAUCUCCAGAUCCUCACUGGCGAAUUCCAGUCUGUAUUGAACUACCGGUUGCAGAACAUCUACAAUGUGUUACACUCCCCCAGACAGUUUGUGUUGAAGUUUUCGAUUCCCGACUCCAAAAAACUUAUGAUAGUCGAGUUUGGAAACCGAAUCCACUUUACUGAUUACGAGAGAAACAUCGAGCCCACUCCCCUGAACUUUGUCACCAAGUUGCGGAAGCAUUUGAAGACUAGACGGUUAAGUAGCAUCAAGCAAAUAGGUGAUGACAGAAUCUUGGUCAUGGAGUUUAGUGACGGAUUGUUUUAUCUUGUAUUAGAGUUCUUCAGUGCUGGAAACAUUGUGUUAUUGGACCAUGAUAGAAAAAUCUUGAUGUUACAACGAGUGGUGGAUUCCAAUGAUGACAAAUUUGCAGUCAACGAGACAUACAACAUGUUUGAUAGAAGUUUGUUUGAACAGGAACCAGAGCCUUACGUAAAGCGCCAGUACGAGGUGGAGCAGAUUAACUCCUGGAUAGAGAAAGAGAAGACCAAGGUGGAAGAUAACCAAAACAGGUUGAAGGAGCUUGCCAAUAGCCAUACUCCAACCAAAUUGAAGAAGUCCAAGAUCUUUUCGAUCCACAAGCUACUCUUUGUGAAUGCCCUGCAUCUUUCUUCUGACUUGAUAUUGAAAACGUUGAACGAAAACGGGAUCCGUUCGAGCUCGUCGUGCUUUGAGUUCCAUGACUCGGAGAUGUUGUCUACUAUAGUUGCAACCAUGAACCAGUGUGAAGAUGAGUACGUUAAGAUUCUACAAGGAGGUGAAAUAGAAGGAAUAAUCGUCAGCAAGAAGAAUACUAAUGCCACGGAGGAGACUGCUGAAAACUUGCAGUACUUAUUCGAUGAGUUUCACCCCUUUAGACCAUUUAAAGACGGAUCUUUGUAUAAGUUCACCAGCAUCCAAGGAUACAACAAAACCCUUGAUCAGUUCUUUUCUACUUUGGAGAGCUUGAAAAAUGAGAUUAAAAUCGAAAACCAGAAACAGUUGGCCAUGAAGCGGUUGGAUAAAGCCAAGAAUGAAAGAGUCAAACAGAUUGAAAGUUUAAUCAACGAGAAGAACGCCAAUAUCAAAAAGGGAGAUUUAAUUAUUUUGAAUGCUAAUUUGGUUUCGGGGUGUAUCGAUUUCAUAAAUGGCAUGCUUGAGAAGCAAAUGGACUGGCAUGACAUUGAGAAGUACAUUGAGCUUCAAAAAUCGAGUGGCGAUGAUAUCACCAAUGCCAUUCAAUUACCUUUGAACUUAUUAGAAAAUAAAAUCAAGUUGAAUCUCCCAGAUACGGAUGUUGAUGAAAACGUCGAAAGCAGUGAAACGUCCAGUUCAGAUACCGAGUCUGAGUCUGACAGUUCGAGCAGCGAUUCGGACUCGGAUUCGGAUUCAGAUUCGGAUUCGGAUUCGGAUUUUAGAGGAACGAAGAAGUCAAAGUCAAAGUCAAAGAAGACUAAAUCCGUGCCUACCAUUUCUGUUUGGAUCGACUUGUCAUUAUCUCCGUAUGCCAAUGCCAGCACUUUCUUUGACUCAAAGAAGAGUGCUGAAGUAAAACAACUCAAAGUUGAAAAGAAUACCGGGAUUGCGUUGCAGAAUGCUGAAAGAAAGAUCACACAUGACCUUACAAAGGCAUUACAGAAUGAGUCUGAAGCGUUGAACAAGGUGAGAGAAAAGUUCUGGUUUGAGAAGUUCUACUGGUUUGUUACUAGUGACGGAUAUUUGUGCCUCAGUGGAAAAGACGACUUGCAAAAUGACAUGAUUUACUACCGGUACUUCAAUGAUGACGACUUUUUUGUGUACUCCGAUAUCGAAGGAGCGUUGAAGGUGUUCAUAAAAAACCCAUACAAGGGAGAAACAGUACCUCCAUCAACCAUCUGGCAGGCUGGUAUGUUCAGUUUGAGCAACUCCGAAUCUUGGAGCAACAAGUCUUCUUCUUCUGCCUGGUAUUUGCCAGGUCCUGGAGUAUCGAAGAAAGACAUCGAUGGCAGUUUAUUAAGACCCGGAAAGUUCAACUUCAAAGGUAAAAAGGAACAUAUGCCCCCCGUCCAAUUGGUUAUGGGAUUCGGUAUCUACUUCGUGGGUGAUGAUGAAACCACCAAGAGGGCCCGCGAAAAGAGGUUGGUUCGGCAAGAAGAGAUGGGAUUGCAGUUAUCCAAUGACAAUAAGAAGCAAGACAUUGACCAAUCGUUGAUCAGAGAGAAGAUUAUGGAGCAGGAGAGGAAAGAACGAGAAAAAGAGGCAGUUGUGGAUGAUGACGAAGAGCUGCAACAAGACGAUGCUGCCAAUGACAGUAGCAUUGUCCCCUCUGAGCUCGACUCGGGACUCCAAAACUUGUUGAUCGUGAACAAGAGAGGUAAGAAGGGUAAGAUGAAGAAGAUAGCUGAGAAAUAUGCCGACCAGGAUGAAGAAGAUCGGAUCUUAAGAAUGGAAGCCUUAGGUACGUUGAAGCAAGUGGAGGAAAACCGCAAGAAACAAAUCGAGGUUGAACAAGAACAACAAAACAAAAACUCCAAGUACGAAAACCAGGACAAAAUCCAGCAGCGUAAACAGAAACAAGACGAAAAAGAGUUGCGAAAGUACCUUUUACAAGAUAUGGCAGACAAACAGAACGAGAUUGAGUAUCUUUCGAUUUUCGAUGGUUUGAUUGCGAAGCCCACCAAAUCCGAUACCAUAGUGGAUUUUGUUCCUGUAUUUGGGCCAUGGUUCUCGCUCCAAAAAUUCAAGUAUAAGGUGAAGAUUCAACCUGGAAACAAUAAGAAGGGGAAGUCUAUCUCCGAAAUCUUGACAUAUUUCAACGGUAGAAAGGUCGACAAGUCCAAGGAAGAUAACGAGUUGGACUGGCCCGAGGAGCACGAAGCGCUUAAGGGUGCCAAGGCUAAUGACCUUAUCGCGAUGGUGCCAGUUUCCAAACUAAAGGUAGUUUUACCAGCGGCAAGCGGGAAAGCCGACUCAGGAAAGGGGAAGAAUGGUAAGCCUGGCCAGAAGGUCGGCGGAGGGAAGAAGAAAGGUAGGCGUUAAGAUACUGCCAAAAAGAGUUAUCGGCUCCCACUAUCCGAUUUUGGGAUGCAACCCAUACGCACAAUGGGAUUGCUGCACGUUGCAUUGGCUGGUGGACUGGGGGGAGACAAAUGACUGGGGCCCCAACACAAAAAAACAUGUCUCACCAUAUAUAUGCACAUAGACCCAUAGACCCAUAAACUCACAUCCCCGCACA